GGUGCUGAGCUUGAACCGUAACGUCAUGGGAAGAUGGCGGACGGAACCUCGAGAGCAGGCAAUGCCCUACAGAAGCGCCAGGAAUCUUUAAAAAGAUGGAAAGGCAGUGAAACAGAUAGACAACCUGUAGACCGAUCCAAGAAGAAAGCUAAAAUCAAAUUCAACGCAGGGAUUGUAUUUCUUUCGGCGGUUUCUAGCGGUGAUGUGGACGAAGUGAAGAAAUUGUUAGCAAAAGGGACAGACAUCGACUUUCAAAAUGUCGACGGACUUACAGCUCUUCAUCAGGCUUGCAUAGAUGAAAGUUUCGAUUUAGUCAAGAUUUUAGUUGCGAAUGGGGCUCGUUUGGAUAUUAGAGACAACGAGGGUUGGACUCCUCUACAUGCUGCCGCUAGCUGUGGAUCUGUUGAAAUCGCCAAAUAUCUUAUACAAAAAGGCGCAGAUGUUGCUGCCGUCAAUAAUGAGGGGGAGUUACCCCUGGAUCUUGCAGAGGAGGAGGAYAUGGAGGAUAUUCUUACUGAUGAAAUUGAACGACUAGGAAUUGAUGCUGAAGAAGCACGAAAUGUAGAAGAAAAAUUAAUGUUAGAAGAUGCCCAAAGCUGGCUAAACAAGAAUUGUAUAAAUGACUUAAAAGAUAGAACAGGAGCAACAGCUCUACAUGUAGCAGCUUCUAAGGGAUAUCUAAAAGUUAUGGCGUUGCUAUUACAGCUCAAUGUAGACCCUAAUGAAAAAGAUCAUGAUGGCUGGUCUCCACUACAUGCUGCAGCUCAUUGGGGCCAAACUGAGGCUUGUGAGGUUUUAGCAGAUAAUGGUGCAGACUUUACUGCUAGGAAUAAAGUGGGUCAAACACCCAUAGAUUUAGCUGAACCUGAUAUGGUAAAAAUUCUAGAAGAACUUAAAAAGAGGCAAAAUGAUAAAAGCAAAUUGAAAGAAAAUGCUCCUCGAAUAAGUAAUGCUGUGCCUCCAUUAAAAAGAAGUAGUACUACUGGUUUUAAGGACCCAUCAUUAAACAAUGACAACACUGACUAUGAUCUCGCAGGACUGAUGAGUUCAAUAACGAGAAUAAAAGAUCAAAACUUAGGUCUAAAAGAUAUAUGUCAAGAACGAAAGGAACUGGACAAAAGUCGGGAACUCACUCCUCAAAAACCUCGUUAUGCCAAAGUACCAAACUUUACCGAGUCGCCCAAGGAAGACAAAGAAAAAGAAGARAAGGGAUUUAAAUUCGAMAAGGAUGAAAGUGAAAGUGAUAGCGAGACUGAUAGCGAAACGGGUUCCGAAGAGGAAUCUUCGGAAGAAGAGCCUGCUCCCGUAAAAUACCCAGUCUCUGUUAAUCCUAAAAACAUUACGAACUCACACAGACAACCGGCUGCUUCUAAGCAGCCUGUGAAAUCUGAGUCCUCCGGGUCCGAAACACAGAGCGAAAGCGAAGAAGAGCAAAAGCCUGCCCCUACACGCCCUUCAUACGGGACUCGAUCAAACCCAAGCUCAACGAGUACAACGUACCCUCGGACAACUGCUCAACGUAACUCGAACACUACUUCUGCAGUGUCAACAAGUCGGCAGCCUUCGACUGGUGGGUCAAGUACGCUAAGGUCACCUUUUCUUGACCAGGAUAAAAAGACUACGCCCUCAUCUCCUGUCUCGAAAACUGAACCCUCUAGAUAUACUUCACGUUUUGAGAAUCGUGAUUCUACGUCCCGGUUAACUAAUGUUACAACACCAGUUCGUACAACUGCGUCUGCGACAAAUACUUCUACCACCGUGACAACUUCGAACAGAGGCCGAACAGGCAGCGCAACAUCAUCAGACAAAGACGAUACGACGACUAGCAUCAGUACUAGAAGAAAGGCCCAUAAAGUAACCAAACGGGCAGGAACAACAUAUGUCGGGAAUGUAGCCCCGGAUGAUGAUGAUGACGAUGAUGAAAGUAAAGAUAAUGAUGUUGCUAGUAAGGAUACUUCUAAAGAUACCAAGAAGGAAUCAACCAGUGCGUCCUCAGACUAUACACGUGGACGAAAUCGCCCAACAGUAACCRCCACAGAUAAGAAUGAAGACAGCGUAUCGAACAAGAAAUUACGUACAGAGGACAAGGAUAAUGACGAUAAAAUUUCAUCUUGGAGGCAAAAGCGAUUGGAGCGAGAGGCCCAGCGUAAGGAAAAGGAGCAACGAGAGAAAGAGCAGGAAAAAGAAAAAGAGAAUGAAAAGGGAAAAGAAAGCGAAGUCCCGCGCUCACGGUAUAGUCGUCGCCAAGAACGAGAACAAAAGGUGAGCGAAACAAACUCGAGUAUUUCUAGACAAAAGGAAGAAAGGGAGAAGGAAAGUGACGUUACACUCAGCUCCGGCACACGAAGACACAGACCAAGGAAGUUAAGAGACGAACGGCGUGGUACAGGCGUAGCCUACAUGCCUACUGAAGAGAGUGAUGACUCGCAAGAUUCUAAGAAGAAUACCAAGGCAAAUGAGGUGGCUGAACCAAGGACGUCAUCUUACAGACAUAGCAGGAACUUUGAUAGGGAUUCUAGUGAUUCCAAGAGCUACAGGUACAGCGGACUCACGAGUUCCCCUGUCUACAGCCCAAGUCAAUACUAUGGCGGAUUCUCGAGUACAUCGUCUUACAGCCCGAGGCAAUACUACUAUUCGGAUUACCGAGACCGACCCGAAAAAACUCCAAGAACAACUCCAAGAAGCUCAUAUAGAACUUCAGGAGUACAAAGUGAAACUAGAGACUACUACCCAAGAAAAGGAAAAAUUAGAACAAAAACUUACACAAUUAACUGAAGAUUUGAAGCAAUUAGAUGACCUGAAGGCCGAGAAUCAAAAACUGAAAGAUGAAAAUGGUGCCUUGAUUCGUGUAAUUAGUAAGUUGUCCAAGCCACCAACGUGACAAUAACAACAACAACAAAGGAAUAUAUAUAUACAUAAACCAUAUAUAUAUAUUAUAUAAAUACCAUCUCCGUUAUGAGGAUCUAGUAUCCAAAACAAUUUUCCGAGAGAAAACCAAAUAACCCCAAUUUGAACUCACCCCUCCCCUGAGAGAAGAUUAUCAAACAAAGUAGGGUAKUGAGGGGGCAUUGUUUUUGUUAAAUGUGUAGAUAUACUGUACUUGUUAUAUACGAUAAUAAAAAAGAAAAAAUAAAGAUGCCGCUUAGAAGAAGAAAAAAGCCAGUACCGGCCAGGUUUAUUGCCAAUAUUUUACAAUUUUGUACGAGAAAGGCUGUGAUACUUGUGCUUCGAAGGUAGUUUUUUAUAUAUGAUAUUAUAUUGAUGUAUUUGUGGUCAUUAUUGAUAUCUAUUAAUGUUUAUUGGGGUAUUAGUUUGUCUAUAUCGUAAGAACGUUUUUCUAAACUUCACUGUUCUGUGUCUGCUGGUAGGACAGUCUAUUGCGGCCAAAUUGUCCCCACCCUACCCCCCAACAGACAGUAGUAUUUUGGGCAACAAAGUCGUGUAAGAAAAGUAAUUAAAUUUGUAACUUAAAAUAUUUGUAUUUUCUGGUCUUUUUGAUUGAUUUUCUUUGUUUUAUAAUACAAUUGUGUACAAUUGAAAAUAUAUAAAUAGAAAAAUAUUAUCUAUUUUAGACACGAAUGUCGUCCCUUUUUCCCUCCCGGCCAAAUCUGAAUCAACCAAUAGCAAGAUAAUACAUAAAGAUAUUCAUUAGGGAGAAUAUGAGGCGCAUUUAUGGGCAGCGGGAUGAGUCAAAUGAGUCAUGCGUUGAAUUUAGAGGCAGUCGCAAAUAUGACAUUCUUUCUUUUUCAGACAGAUUCGACUAUACUCGAAAAUCGAGAUACGAUUUCUGAUAUCAUUAGUUUGAUAUGGAGAAGUAAGUCUGGCUUAGCACUGUCAUUGCACAUGCCUAACUAAGAUUGCACAUAAUUCAUUUGAAAUUACUCGUCUGCACGAUAUCUCAAUGAAUUCUCGAACACAGAGUUUUAGUUUUAUAUGACGAACUAAUGAAAACCGCUUGUUUUUCGGCGGCAAAGCUUUUCCAAUGAUGUAUAUUAAAUGAUUUCAAAAUAGCAGCUACUCGUUUGGUAUAGUGUCGAAUAGAUUGUCAGAAUAAUCAUUCCUUUGCAUGUCUUGAUUUUUCAUAUACUCCACAUUACUCCUUUUCAGUCACAAACUGAGAUCUAAAAGUUCAUCUCCAUAGCAACCAGCCUCAUUUUAAUUGUCUUAGCAACCGUUGCUAUGAAGUCUCCUUGUUCACAUGGUAACCGUUUCUUACUGGCCUAGUAACUGCUAUUUUGAUUUGAUGAAUUUCUAAAGAAAUAGAUGGAGUUAGUUGAUUAUUUUGAAUGUUUAUGUAGUUAUUAAAACAUUAAGAUGACCUGGUGGUCACCGACACAAUUCAGCAUAUUGGAUAUUCCAAUUUUCUGUAAUAAAUUUGUUGGCCUUUGAUAUAUCUAAUAAAACUAUUCUGAAAAAGGA